AUGAGCUACCAACUCGACACGGGUAUCUGCCAUCGGAUCCAAAAUGCCACUCCGAAUGAAGGGGAACUUUUUAACGGCUCUCAUACGCUUCAGGUUCUCUCUUUGAAGAAAGUAGGUAAACAGACCGAGGGUGUCAAUCUUCCCUCAGAUCGUUACCGCAUUGUGUUAUCGGACGGCGUGCAAUUUAUACAGGCUAUGCUGGCGACGCAACUUAAUGAGAUGGUUGUUGACAAGCACCUCACACGAUUCACUAUAGUCUGUGUGGAAAGGCUUUCUUGUAAUUAUGUGCAGGAAAAGCGACUGGUCAUUAUAAUGGCCCUGCGUAUUCUCGGGCAAGUAGAUCAGAAGAUAGGAGAGCCGGUAUCCAUAGAUGCUAGCACUUCUGAAGCAACGACCCCCGCACCUGAAAGACCUCCCCAGCAGUCAGUUGUCCAACCAUCCACUUCCACUAUCACUGCACAACCUGCUAGUCGUCCGCCUCCCAAAGGUAACUGGCAUCCUAUCGAGGGCCUCAGUCCGUAUCAAAACAAUUGGACCAUCAAAGCGAGAGUGACACAGAAGUCGGAAUUGAAGCACUAUUCAACUCAGCGUGGGGAAGGAAAACUUUUCAAUGUCACCUUUAUGGACGAAACGGGCGAAAUUCGAGCCACCGCGUUCAACCAGGUCGCGGAAUCGCUGUAUCCCAAGCUCGAGGAAGGGAAGGUUUAUUAUGUUUCUAAGGGAAAAGUAAACCUCGCGAAAAAGAAGUUCUCCAAUGUCAUGAAUGACUUUGAAAUCAGCCUAGAGAAGAACGCCGAAAUCGAGGAGUGUUUCGAGACAACAAAUCUUCCGAUGAUUAAAUACAGUUUUGUCACUUUGGGAGAACUGCAAAAUUUAAACAAGGACUCUACUUGUGACGUGAUCGCCAUUUUAAAGGAAUACAGUGACGUCAACGAAAUCACUUCACGGGCCACCAACCGUACUAUGAAGAAGAGAGAGUUGACGCUAGUUGAUAAAUCGGGUUUCUCUGUGAGGUUGACCCUCUGGGGAAAUCAAGCUGAGAACUUCAAACCUGAUGAGCAAAACCCGGUCGUUGCUUUCAAAGGUGUCAAGGUCGGCGAUUUCGGAGGACGUUCGCUGGGGAUGAUAGCAAGUUCCACCAUGACUCAGAACCCCGAUAUUCCGGAAUCGCAUGCUCUUCGUGGCUGGUACGACUCGUCCGGUAGUGGCGCCUCUUUCCAAUCACACAAUAAUGCCGGCGGAUCUUUCGGUGCAGCAGGUGGUGGCGGGUUCAGUCGCUCAGAGCUCAAACCACUCCUAGAGAUGAAAUUAGAAGCCAAUCGAAUUCCUGAAUCAGAAGAGAAACCCGUGUAUUUUUCCACCAGAGCAAUGGUCAUGCACAUCAGAGGAGAAAAUAUCGCUUAUCCGGCGUGCGAGACCUGUAACAAGAAAGUCGUCGAGGACGGGGGUGCAUGGAGAUGCGACAAAUGUGAUAAAACACUAGCGGGUCCGACCUACAGAUAUAUCAUGUCGUUUGCCGUUUCUGAUCAUACAGGUCAACUUUGGUUCCAAGGGUUCAACGACGUUGGCGACACGGUUUUUGAGAAGACAGCGAACGAGGUUAUAGAACUCAAGGAUCGUGACGAGACCCAAUAUAAUUUACUCUUGUCCAAGGCUUGUUGCAAAUCGUACAAUUUCCUUCUUCGCGCGAAACGCGACUCCUACAACGAUAAUAACCGUAUCAGAUAUGGAGUUUCUCGUAUCUUGCCGUUGAAUUAUAAGGAAGAAUGUGACGCCUUGCUUGAUUUGAUGGACACGCCUUGGGGACAACAGACAUUGAAGUCAGAGAGCGACAUGGUAGUGUAUUGA